UGAAACAUGUUUGAUCCCUCUCUGUGUCUGUACCACGCAGUAACAUUUUGGCAGCGCUUCAGCAGGACAGAUGCCGGCGUUUCUGCACAGAGAGGAAUAACGACGUGUCACCAGCGGUGCUGUGAAUGUAGAGAGACGCUUCAAACGUCCAGCACAUCUGCACUAAACGGAGGUCAGUGAUGACAUCACUCGGGUAUUGUCUGACACUCCCCAUUUCCUAACCACAUUACCAUGGCAACAGGAAGAAAAGGCUCCACCUCAAAGGCCGGUGGGGUGCGUUUCCCUGACGAUGACGAGCCUCCCGGCUCUCCAACACGAAAAGAUGAGUCAAACCUCUGUUCUCUCAUUGCUGUCCAGGAGAAGGAUGGCAGCUACUUGGUCAAGGCCGGUUUCCUGAGGAGCCACCACUGUUAUGAGAUCAUCUUUACUGUCCCAGAUGUCCCCACACUGGGGAAAGAGCUCUCCUGUCUUCCCUCCUCCUCUCCAUCCCGGAGGUUCCCCAACCUCCGAGUCCAUCGUAUUACCUCCACACUGGAGGGAGGAGUAAAGGUAACAUGUGAGUACAGGACUCAUCAGGAGGGAGUGCUACAGGAGGAGAUCACUCUGGUAACCAGGGGGAGAAAAGGCAGCAGUCUGAAGGUCAGAUUCCAGGCCAAGGUCAUUGACCCACAUCACGGGACUCCCAUGCUGCUGGAGGGGGUGAGGUGCCUGGGUUCUCAGAGAGACGCCCACACAAAACACAGCAGCAACCGUGAGAAGAUAUGAUGCAAAUACACACAUACGAUGUAAAGUAUACAAGUUUCUAAACCCCAGGUUAUUCAAUGAUAGCGGAUCUCUGGAUGACAAUCAGAUGUCGAUAGUCGUGAGCCUUUGUUGUUGGAGAUACAAUGAACACUCAACAAAAGCCAGCGAACACGUUACACACACAUAUACACACCAAGCAGCUCCCUGUAGAAAUAAGUCAAAAUCAGCACUACUAAUAUAGUAACAGACUGGAAAAUAACUAAAUACGUUAUCAUUUAACAGCAGCACAAUCACUCGGGGAAAACUCAGAUUUGGACUCAUAAUGUCCCCUGUUCCUUUACUAUGUGCACGCCUACUAUCAAAACACAGUACAGUAAAUUGUUUGUGAUUAACAUCCAGAUUAACACAGAGGUAAUGUUGCAACAAUCAUUAUUUGAUCUUUUAACCAAAUUUCAAUGGUGGGUUAAUGAGUGCUGAUUUAAGUCCUUCAUUUCUCUGUUACCUUCGUCAAAAGAGAGAGCCAGCAGACCUGCAGUCACUCACAUUUUAUAGUUCUACCUGCAGGUGGUUUAACUUGAAAUUCAAAAUAAAUUAAGUCCAGCUAUCAAGUUUAGCUCAAAUCUGUGAGAUGUAGUUAGCAGCGUCUGUGCAGAAUGACACAGCUGUUUCCCAUGGCUGCCACCAGAUAUUUUACUGAUUGCACCUCACUGUUGCACCACUGCAAUUCUCACUGUACUAUUGAUACAAAACGCAAAGUAAGCUUAUUCAGCUUUAGAGACAACAGUUGUCGAAAUGCACUUUCACAUUAGAGCCACGUGUGACUACUCAGCAGCUUUCACAAUCGCAUCACACUUUACUACAGCGGUUCUCAAACUUUCUGUUAUACCCACCACCGACUCGCC